UUGUGUACAUAUACAGUACACAAGAUGCAGAUGCAGAUUAAUCAGAAGAUUGCAUCACACAGACACACACACACACACACGAGUCAUGAACUCUCCUGUCAUGGCUCCCGGCAGGCUCGGCUCCGCGCUGCUCGCCCUGUUGGUCGUCGUCCUGGCCGCGCGGCCGGCGGCGGUGUCCGGGGCGUCAGCGCACCUGCACUUCUACAUGCACGACGUGCUGACGGGCCCGGCGCCGACGGCGGUGCAGGUGCUGGACGGGCCACGCGGCCACUUCGGCGACACGAUCGUGAUCGACGACGCGCUGACGGAGACCUCGUCGGCGGCGUCGGCGGGCGUGGGGCGCGCGCAGGGGCGGUACGUGUGGGCGUCCAAGGGGAACCCGGAGCUGCUUGUGACCAUGGACGUGGUGCUCACGUCGGGCCCCUACGCGGGGUCCUCCGUGACGGUGGUGGGCCGGGACGACAUCGGCGCGGCGGUGCGGGAGCUGUCGGUGGUCGGCGGCACGGGGCAGUUCAGGAUGGCCACAGGGUACGUGCUGUGGAAGACCGUCCGGCUCGACCACCCCAACGCCGUCCUCGAGCUCGACGUCUUCGUCAACCCGUGACGCGUUGUGCAUGUUGAUCUGUUCCACUUCUCCCCUACUAUUUGCCUUGUCGAGCUCCUCUGCUACAAUAAUGUUGGAUAUAUGUACCGUGCAAAUGUUGUUCCUCAAGUAAUAUGUUCCGACAAAA